AUGGUAAAAACACCACAGAUGCAAGAGCUUCCUCUCUCCCCUUAUGCUUCAAAAGUUGCAAUAGAUAAUUCACACUCAAGGCCCAACUACGGGCAUAGUGCUGAUUCGUGGAACAAUGAAAAAAGCGCUUAUCAAGUCGAUCAGAUCAUCGAUGUGGAGGACGCGUCUAUGGAGCUUAUUGAAGGCCAGGAACACCAGGUUGCAAGAAAGCUUAAAUCCAGACAUAUACAGUUGAUUGCACUCGGCGGAGCAAUCGGAACUGGCCUGUUUAUUGGUUCUGGCGGUGCUCUGAGUGUGUGCGGCCCCGCACCACUUCUGAUCUCUUAUAUGAUCAUGUCGUUCUUCGUGUGGUGCAUCAUGAACUUCCUAACUGAAAUGGUAUGCAUGAUGCCUAUUUCGGGCGAGACGUCUAUGUUUGCUAUGACGGGAACUUAUUUGAACAAGCCUCUAUCUUUUAUGUGCGGUAUCAACUUGUUCUAUGCCAUGUCGAUGAUUGCACCAUCUGAAAUUACUGCUACGGCUAUUUUGAUCCAGUAUUGGACGGACGCGAAUUCUGCCAUUUUCAUCUCUAUCUUCAUCGUUGUGACGGUGUCUUUGACCAUGCUGCCAGUUCAUUUCUUUGGUGAAAGUGAAUUCUGGGUCUCUAUCAUCAAGCUCUUCUGUAUCACUGGUUUGGUCAUCUUGGGCAUCGUCAUCUUCUUUGGUGGCGCACCAAAUCAAGACAAAGUGCUAGGCUUUCACUACUGGAAACACCCAGGCGCUUUCAACCCCCACCUUGUCCCUGGAAACACCGGAAAGUUUUUGGCGUGCUGGACUGCCAUUAUUAAGAGCGGGUUUUCUUACGUCUUGGUGCCUGAGGUUGUUGUAUCCUGUGCGGCAGAAGCCAAGGAUCCAAGAAGAAACAUGCCAAGAGUUGCCCAACGUUUUGUUUACCGUCUUGCUCUCUUUUACGUUUGUGGCUCGCUCACAAUCGGCAUUAUGGUUGGUUACGAUAACAGCCGUUUGUUGAAUGCCAUUGCUGCAGGUGAAUCCAAUGCAGCGGCUUCUCCCUUCGUUAUUGGUAUCCAGGAAGUUGGUAUUCGUGUACUUCCACACAUCAUCAAUGCAUGUAUCUUGACUAGUGCGUACUCCUGUGGUACCUCCGUGCUAUAUGGUGCUUCGAGAGUUUUGCACUCGAUGGCUGUCAACGGCGCUGUCCCUAAAAUUUUUGCGACGACCAACCGUUUUGGGACUCCAUACUACAGCACUGCUGCUGCGAGCGUCUUCUGUUUAUUGGCCUACCUCAAUUGCUCAGACUCUUCGAGUGUGGUUUUCACCUGGCUGUCUAAUAUUGCAACCAUUUCUGGAUUUGUCGAUUGGAUGCUUGUCUGCGUGGUUUACUUGAGGUUUAGAAAGGUUAUCGAACAUGCUAACUUGACUGAUAAAAUGCCUUUCAGGAAGCGUUUUAUGAAACCAUUGGCUUAUUUGAGCUGUGGCUUUUUUGCCAUACUUAGCUUGACGAAUGGUUACGCCGUUUUUGUUGCAGACAACUGGAAUGUCAGCGACUUUUUCGCAUGUUACACAACCCUGGGCUUGGCUGCCGUACUAUACAUUGGUGCAGCGAUAUAUUACAAGACUAUAAAACUCAGAGAUUUGGACGAAGUUGCCGCUGAAAUUAUUCCUAAGAUUGCAAUGGCCGAUGAAGAAGAGAAGGGUGAAGUACCAAUAGUGCCUAAGAAUUGGCUGGAAAAGGUCUGGUAUUUCCUAGUAUAA